CUGGGAGAUGGGAGGAGUGUCCUCCCUCCUCCUAGGGUGGUUCCAUCUGCCUAGCUGGCCCAGCCCCACCAAUUGUGCCAAGGAAUGUGCCUGGGACAGGCGGCCUGAGGCCGGCGGGCAGCAGAGCCACGGCCACCGGAGACAUUGCACAGGUCCACGUGGAGGUGCAGGCCACCAUGCUCAGUCUCAAGCUACCCCAACUCCUUCAAGUCCACCAGGUUCCCCGGGUGUUCUGGGAGGACGGCAUCGUGUCCGGCUACCGCCGCCCCACCAGCUCGGCCUUGGACUGCGUCCUCAGCUCCUUCCAGAUGACCAACGAGACCGUCAACAUCUGGACGCACUUCCUGCCCACCUGGUACUUCCUGUGGCGCCUGCUGGUGCUCGCGGGAGGCCCCGGCUUCCGGGCGGAGCCCUACCACUGGCCGCUGCUCGUCUUCCUGGGGCCCACCUGCCUCUACCCGUUCGCGUCGUGCUGCGCGCACACCUUCAGCUCCAUGUCGCCCCGCGCGCGGCACAUCUGCUACUUCCUGGACUACGGCGCGCUCAGCCUCUACAGCCUGGGUUGCGCCUUCCCCUACGCCGCCUACUCCAUGCCGGCCUCCUGGCUGCACGGCCGCCUGCACCAGCUCUUUGUGCCCACCGCCGCACUCAACUCCCUCCUGUGCACCGGCCUCUCCUGUUACUCUCGGUUCCCGGAGCUGGAAAGCCCUGGGCUCAGUAAGAUGCUCCGCACAGGCGCUUUCGCCUACCCCUUCCUGUUUGACAACCUCCCACUCUUCUAUCGGCUGGGACUGUGCUGGGGCAGGGGCCACAGCUGUGGGCAAGAGGCGCUGAGCACCAGUCAUGGCUACCACCUGUUGUGCGCGCUGCUCACUGGUUUUCUCUUCGCCUCUCACCUGCCUGAGCGGCUGGCACCGGGACGCUUUGACUACAUCGGCCACAGCCACCAGCUCUUCCACAUCUGUGCGGUGCUGGGCACCCACUUUCAGCUGGAAGCGGUGCUGGCCGAUAUGGAAUCCCGCCAAGCCUGGCUGGCCACCCAGGAGCCCCCCCUGGGCCUGACGGGCACAGCGGCCACGCUGGGCUUGGCCGUGGCCGGGAACCUGCUCAUCAUUGCUGCCUUCACAGCCUCCCUGUUCCGGGCCCCUAGUACAUGCCCCCUGCUGCAGGGUGGCCCGCUGGAGGGGGAUUCUAACGCCAAGCAGCAGUGAGGGCCCAUCUCAGCCUCCCUCCGAGGCCGGCAAAGGGGAGGAGCCCAGACCCAGACUGAAAGGGUGUGGGGCACAUAGGAGCCUGGACCCAGAAGUGCCUGAGGGAGUACAAAGGAGGAAAGGACGAGGAGAGGCGCUGGGGCUGGCGGAGAGCAGGAGGGCCGUGAGGUGCUCUUGGGGGAAGCGCUGCGGACCUGGGAGGGGAGGUGUGUGUCGGGCUGGAGGGCCCCCCCUUCCCCGGCAGAGGCUGGGGCGGGAGGUGUCGGGGCCCUUCCACCUAGUCCCGUUUCUGGUGCUCCCUGAGAACUACCAGGACUAACCUAGGCCUACCCUGAGGGCUGUUAGCCAGGCCGGGAGGCCCCCUCUGGCCCUUCCCCCCUGGCCCUCUCCCCCACCGCCCGCAGUGCUGUGUGCUGGCAGCUCUUUGCCCGUGGUGACGCGUCUGUUCUGGUCACAGUCGUGUACUCAGGAUGUCCAGCUUUGGGCAUCUGGGUCUGUGAGGGUGUGUCAUGGGUGGCGGGGAGGGUGCUGGGCCUGAGGGGGAAUCCUAGUUAGACUUUAGAAAGCCAACUCAGUGCUCUGGAACGAGGCAGAUACAAAUAAAAAAGUAACAG